AGAUCAUCAACGUAUUAUCUGAGGAAUUUAAGCAAGAUGGCAGAAGUUCACAUCAUUGGACAGAUUGUGGGAGCUUCCGGCUUUCCUGACCACAGUCUCUUCUGCAAAUGGGGAGUCAACACAGGAGGUGCUUGGAAGGCAUUAGCAGGUCUGAGAGAAGGACAGACACAAGUAGACAAUCCACAGCAACAUGAUGCAGCCUACUGGGCUCAUCCAAUAGACAUCCACUAUGCAACCAAGGGUCUUCAAGGUUGGCCAAAGAUUCAUUUCCAAGUUUGGCAUCAAGAUUCCUUUGGAAGAAAUGAGCUUUAUGGCUAUGGUUUCUGUCAUGUACCAACAACUCCAGGAAUGCAUGAAAUUGAAUGUCCAACAUGGAGACCUUCUGGGAGUUUUAGAGAACAAGUUUCACAGUAUUUCCUUGGAGGUGGCCCACAGUUAAAAAAUCCGGACUUGAUUUAUAGUGGUGCAGAUCGUUACAGACUUCAUACUGUUGCCAUGGGAUCUGUACAUUUAAGACUUGGAGUCAUUCUUAGGAACUUUGACAAAUAUGGGAUUGAAUGUUAAAAAUAUAUUUUUUGGAGAUUUUCUUUAAAAAAAUAUUCUCUUUCAUUUACAUGUACCAAUCUCUGACAAUAUAUGUAAACUCCAUUUAGCAUGUCAAACACAGAAUCCAUUGUUAUUUCUGAGGGAGGUGAUACAUUGAUGAUUUGUUGUCAUAUAUUUUGUAGUUAUAAAUUUCAAUAAACUAUUUAUU